UGCUACCAGAGGAGGCAAAAGAAUUGGAAUUAUAACCAAAUAACACUUUGUAAUUAUUAGGUGUUAUUUAGCGAGGCUUUUAAGCUCCAAGAGGUCAGGGUAUUAAUAUCCUUAGGUGUUACCCUUAAUUGUUAACUAGCUGGGCUAUUAGUUCUCUGAGUUGGUAUUUCAAAAAGGUGAAAGAUGUGUGCGAUCUGAAGAGAAACCAGAGAUUAAGGUGGUAUUUUAACUACUUCGUUCACUGCAGAAGCUCCAGAACUGGCACAUAGUCCGGGCCUAAAACAAAUGUCUCAGGGCCUGAAGGGCCCUUGGAAGUUACUGGUGAAUUCACUGUCCUUGACAUUGGUAGAAACAGAGCCAAGAGAGGAAUGGACUUAUCCAAGGUCACACAGGGAUUGAGUGGCUGAGCCUAAACUAGAAUCCAACAAAAAUAGUGGAGCCCAGGCUGUGCGAGAGCCAACACCUAGGAUCUGUGACUGUUUUGCUUUUGCAAGAGCCCUUGAGGUAGUUAUUAUCCUCUGAUUUUAAAUGAGGAAACAGGCUCAGAGAGGUUAAGGAAUUUUAGCAAAGUCACAUAGCUAGUGAGUUCCAGACUUGAAGUCCCAUCCUCACAUAAAAAUGGGAGCCUGGCUUCUUACGCAAUGGUUUCCAGAGGGGACAAAAGCCAACCAAGUUUGCCUGAUAUCCAUUAACCAGGCCCUGGACAACUGGUCUCAGCCCAACUGUGCCUGCCUUGCUGUGUGGUCUUGCUCCCUGCCCAGUUCACAGCCAUGGCCACAGCGGUGGCCCAGAAGCUUAGCCACUUUCUGCCCAGUUUGCGGCAGGACCACCAGGAGCCUCCGUCAUCUGUGCAGACAGAGCCUGUCUUCACAGUAGACCGUGCCAAGGUGCCACCCCUCUUCUGGAAGCCAUACAUCUAUGUGGGCUACCGGCCGCUGCAUCAGACCUGGCGCUUCUACUUCCGCUCGCUGUUCCAGCAGCACAACGAGGCAGUGAACGUCUGGACCCACCUGCUGGCAGCCCUGGUGCUGUUGCUGCGGCUGGCCAUCUUUGUGGGGACUGUGGACUUUCGGGGAGACCCCCACGCCAUGCCCCUCUUCAUCAUUGUCUUCGCCUCCUUCACCUACCUCUUCUUCAGUGCCUUGGCUCACCUCCUGCAGGCCAAAUCUGAAUUCUGGCAUUAUAACUUCUUCUUCCUGGACUAUGUGGGUGUGGCCGUGUACCAAUUUGGCAGUGCCCUGGCACAUUUCUACUAUGCCAUUGAGCCUGCCUGGCAUGCCCAGGUGCAGACGAUGUUCCUGCCCAUGGCCGCCUUCCUCGCCUGGCUUUCCUGCACUGGCUCCUGCUACAACAAGUAUAGCCAGAAGCCUGGCCUGCUGGGCCGCACAUGCCAGGAGGUGCCCUCGGCACUGGCCUAUGUGCUGGACAUCAGCCCGGUGGCACACCGCAUCCUGGUGUCCCCCAACCCUGCUGCAGAUGACCUUGCUCUUCUCUACCACAAGUGCCAGGUGGUCUUCUUCCUGUUGGCUGCUGCCUUCUUCUCGGCCCUCAUGCCUGAGCGCUGGUUCCCUGGCAGCUGCCACCUCUUUGGGCAGGGCCACCAGAUCUUCCAUGUCUUCUUGGUGCUGUGCACGCUGGCUCAGCUGGAGGCUGUGGCGCUGGACUAUGAGGGCCGGCGGUCCAUCUAUGAGCCACUGCACACCCGCUGGCCCCACAACUUCUCUGGCCUCUUUCUGCUCACCGUGGGCAGCAGUGUCCUUACUGCAUUCUUCCUGAGCCAGCUGGUACGGCGCAGACUCAAGCAGAAGACCCAGUGAAGGGGGAUGGCAGCUGGUAGGGAGGGAGGUAGAGUGGGAGCCAAGGGGUUUGGUCUUGGCCACAUGUGGAAACAAGGCCUGGUAAAGUUGUUUGUGUCUGGAAUGGGGUGACUCUCUGCGCACGCCUCAGCUGCCAAGGGUGGCAUUGGCCAGUCCUUGGUCCUUCAGUUUAGGGAUUGGCCUGGAGCUGCCGGAGUCUUUUUUUUCCUUGAGCCUGCCCUAGCUCCCUGACUUGGGAGAGGGAAAGGGAUCGAGAUGGGGGCCACCCUGGUUUGCCUCCCCCCAUUGCCUUUCACCAGGCAUGAGGAUGGGAGGGUCGGCUGGGCCAGGACUCUGGUUUGGGGCUCCCAGAUUAUCUGGCGGGGGUAAAGGUAGAAUUUAGGCCAGAAUUAGAUUUGAGUUCAGGGGCAGCGGAGGCCUCAGCAACUCCCAUCUACCCAGAUUUCAUUGGUGGAUAGGAAGGGGCGGGGCCAAUAUGUGCACAGGAAUUAUCAUUAUUUGAACCUCAGCCUGGAGUUUUGGACCUUCAGAGUCCUGAAAGUUAAAGAUUGUGCCAGGUGCAAAUGAUUCUUGUCCAGUGCCACAUAGCUCUCAGUCACUGUUCCAGACACUGAGCCCCACUCCUAGCUUUGGUCUCCAUGUUGCACAUGUCCUGUUCCCAGUCAUUCUCCUAGUUCCCUUGUUUGCAAUUCAGUUAUCCAUUUAGUGUUUUCAGGGCUUCUGCUCAGGGGCAGGCUGCUGACUGGGCCCUGUGGAUCAAUGCAGGAUCAAAGACUUUCAUGUUGGAACUGUCAGGGGAAGCACUGAGGAGGGAAUAAUCUGUAAAGCCUGGGGCCCUCAGGGUCUCAGAUUGAGAAGGGCGAAUAGAACUUUUGCAGAUGCAGAAGAGGGAAGGAAUUCCAGGCAGAGGGGAAAACCUGUACAAAGAAAGGCCUAGAGGUAUGGAAGGAGUUCACUGGGGCUGGAGCUAGGGGUGGUCUGGUCUCCGAUCUGUCCUAGAUUCAAUAAAGUU